UGUCGGUGACGGUGGGUUUCGUCAAAAAAGCGACGGACCUCGUACCGGUGACACGUAGCGGACUGUCACGCUCACGGACGUGCCGAGUGCCGAUACCGAGCCGGACGAGCCGUCCGAGUGAAUGAGGAAAGGGUGCUGCGGACGGAUCAUCGGGAACGACGGGUGUCGUCGUGGCCGUCGCCUUUGCCGUCGUCAUCGUCCUCGCGUUCAGGAUGCGGUGCGGCCGUGACGUCUCGUGCCGCGCGGUCGUCGUCGAAAUCCGUCGCUUCACGUCCGCACAUGACGGCCACGGCUGCUCGUCAUGAGACUCGGAUGACGUACGGCGCGGUCCGUAUCGAAGAACCGGUGAGGGCUAAAGAUUACGCGCGAAGCACUUCGUUUGUUCGGACGCUCUUGAGCUCGAGGCGAAUCGAGAUCACCCGCGAGCUUAUUUGUUCGAUCGAAGUGACGAGUAUAUCACAUGAGAUUAAUCACGGGAUUAAUUAGCUCGAGGGUGUGAGUGACUUGGCACGACUUGGUAACUUUUUGCUCUGGGUUGAUUCGCCGUGAAUUGCCGUCAUUUAGCACGUAACGGAACGACGAAAGGGAAAACGAAGGGCAGUCAGGGCCGUCUUGGGAAGUGCGCGAGUUCAGUGGGGAAUUAUUAAAUUAGCUGAAGCCGAAGAGAAUGGACACCGGAUACGGAGGACACGGCUGCACGAGAGAGACUGGUGAGAGACUAGGGCCGGGGUGGAAGAGGAACGCGAGUGUAACGUGCGGGCAAGCUCGUUGUUGAAGAACUCGAGGACCGUUUCGUCUGGAAACAGCAGGAAACAGCAGGAGAUUUGUCUUUGUCGAGAUAAAUCGAGGCUCUUGCCACGUGAGAAGAGGAGAGUAUCUCCCUCGAGAAAAUCUGGCUUUAUCGUUGAUCGUUUGAACGAGCCGAGGUAUUCUCAGGAAAUAUUCGCGUGUGUGGUACACGGGUGUUUAGUGUCGCUCGACGAAGAGGAGGACUUUCGACGAAAGCUUCGAGCGAAUUCCUUCUUCUUCUUCUUCUUCUUCGUCUUCUUCUUCUUCGUUUUCGUGGCUCGAAGACUUCUCGCGCUCGACGUUUCAACGAGAAGACACCAUGUUGGAGUUUUACCCCCCGGCGCCUGGUUCUUUCAAUCAAGGUUCUUUCAAAAGUGAACCUGGCCAGCCUCUGCCGGCGGUUCCACCUAUUCCCUUCCGGCUUACAGCAGAUAACAAUAAUGCAGAGCCGUCCGUUUCCGUGAAGACGGAGUCCGGUCUCCUGGAGACGAUCUGCGCCGGCUGCGGCCGCACCAUUGCCGACAAGUACGUGAUGAGAGUGGCCGAGAGGAAUUACCACGAGGAGUGCCUCUCCUGCACGGCCUGCGGCGCGAUGCUGUCGCACUCUUGCUUCAUACGCGACCUUAAGCUCUACUGCCGCUCCGACUACGAGAAAAUUUUCGGGGUGAAGUGCGCGCGUUGCAUGGAGAAGAUCAGCUGCUCGGACCUGGUGAUGCGGGUGGCCAGUUUGGUCUUCCAUGUGGAGUGCUUCAUGUGUUGCAUGUGCGGCCAGCCGUUGCCGAGGGGCGCCCACUUCAUCCUCAGACAGGGCCAGCCGAUCUGCAGAAGGGACUUCGAGCACGAGUUGUAUCUAAAUAGUCCGCAAGAUGACGACUUAUUGGACGAGAAUCGACCACGGGACGGUCGUCGGGGUCCAAAGCGGCCGCGGACGAUUCUCACGUCGGCACAGCGACGUCAGUUCAAGGCGUCGUUCGAGGUAUCGCCGAAGCCCUGUAGGAAAGUGCGAGAGGCUCUCGCCAAGGACACCGGUCUCAGCGUACGCGUGGUCCAGGUGUGGUUCCAGAAUCAGAGGGCGAAGAUGAAGAAGCUCCAGAGGAAAGCCAAAACCGAGCCUGGAUCCGACAAGGAGCCAAAGGAGGAGCGGAGGACGGAGAGUCCGCACAGUGAUCACAGUCAUUACUUGAACGCCCUGAACAUGCGCGAUGGGGAAUCUUCUAGCUUCCCCUCAGCCACCCAACCGCUCAACCCCAAUAACCCGUACUCGCCCGACGACGCGUAUCCUGGUCACUCGGGAGAGAGCUUCUGCAGCAGCGACUUGUCCCUCGAUGGCACGGAGGCCGGCUUCGACAUCGGUGAGAACGACGGCGGCGGCGCGGACGGAAGUCAUCAAGGUGCCUCGCACUCCCACCACGGCUCGUCGUCGCAUGACACCCCGUCACUGUCGCAGAGCCUGCACGCCGCCAUACACAAUCCCAUCGACAAACUGUUCAUGAUGCAGAGUAGUUACUUCAGUGGUGAUCACGCGUAAUCCAAGUUUCCGCUCCCUUUUUCUCUCUGCCGCACGACACUGCUCUUGUUUCAGCCCUUUUCUCUUCCUCCUCCUUCUCUUCCUUCUCCUUCUCCUUUCUCUUCUCUACUUCCUUUUUCUUCUUGCCCUUCCGCUCCUCGUUGUUGCACUUUUCCACCGCGCUCCCUUUUCACUUGUCCCGCUCGACCUCCGUGAAGCUUUCACUUAUCCCUUUAGGAUCCGGUCAGCCUGUUGUCUCGUGUACUCCGCGAACGAGUCAGGAUCGAGUCACAUUUCUAGUUCUUCCCGCGCCGAGAAUGAUGAUCAUGAUCCUCGGUGGCCGAGUGUUGUUAUCUCUUUUGCUCGAUCCGCAACUCUUUGUACCGGGAUGAGGAAGAAAUGGAAACGACGCGACGCGACGCGACGAUUAAUCGAAGCGAAUAAUCGUGAUAGAUAUCAUUUUUUGAAUAUAAUGGCAU